CCUAUUAUAGCCGCGAGCCGCGGCGCACUGCGCUUCCUCCACCAUGCAAGCCUUCGGUGAGGGAUGUCUCUCAAGCGCUCGGUCGCCUUUGCGACGCAAACGCUCACAAUUCCAGUACCCAAGAACCGCCGCCCCAAGUUCGAACUGCACCUGAAAAUCAUCGACCUCAACAACGUCCCGCUCGUCUCAGGCAGCUCGUUCGUGAAAUGGCACCUCCCGCACUCGACGGCCGCCGAACACCGCGGCCGCACCGAAAAGCGCCCGAUCAAGGACCAUAAAGUCAGCUACGACUACGAGGCCAAGCUCGCCGUCAAGCUGGUCGUCGACAAGAGCGGCAUGCUGCAGGAGAGCUCCGUGGACUUCGAGGUGGUGCAAGAGUACUCGGGCGGGGGCAAAGCCGAGCGCAUCACGCUGGGCAACGUCAAGCUGAACCUAGCCGAAUACGUAGAGCAGAGCGAGAUGAACAGGGCCGAGGGCGACGAGCCCGGCGUCACCCGGAGGUACCUCAUGCAGAACAGCAAGAUCAACAGCACGCUCAAGAUCAGCGUCUUCAUGCGUCAGAUUGAGGGCGACAGGAACUUUGUUGCGCCUGCGCUGAAGACGGCGCAGGUGUUCAGCGGGAUUGCCGGGAUCGUGUCGGGCGAGCAGGGAGACGUCGAGGAUGCGGGCUCAACACCUUCUCUCAGUGUCGGGUCUCGAGAAGCUGGGGAGCUCCAAGACAUGUACAGACGGACGCUCGCUGCGUACUGGUCUGCUCAGCCAGGAGAGCUCAAGGCGGAUGAGUGCAUUGAAGACAUCUUCUCGGGCGGUGAUGGGUGGGGCGAUCGUGAGAAGCCAUAUGACGAGCCACGGCGCAUAAGAUUUGUGAACGGCGACAGCAGUGGCUCGAUGAGCGAGGGCGAGUCGCGCAAGGGAAGCAGCACGCUGCGCAAAUCACACGAGACUCUAAGACCUGGUGACACGGCAUCAAGCCCAGCGAGUGUGCGUGGCAGAGGGAGCCUGGAGCAGCAGGCACACCAGAUGCAAGCAGAGGCCAAGCGGGAACGACGCAAGCCGCACCACGAGGUGGAUGAGUUUGACGUCCGGGAGGACCUGCGCAGCUGGCGGUUGCCGAUGUGAUUCUUACACCCAAUCAAUGCAAGAAAAAGUACUUGAAAAUUGCCCCAGCACUCGUCUCCCUAUUGACAUUUAUUCUCACAUUCACCUUGACAUUCAUGCGACUAAGGUUCAGGUGGGGCGACGCGUCGAGGACGGGGCACGUGAACUGGCGCCGGCAGAAUCGGUAGGGCUGCAGGC